AUGAGGUGGAACAUUUCCGAAUAUGGUGGUGUCAAGGAUCUCAGGCUCAAUCCAAACCGACUGUGGAAACCAGACAUACUCAUGUAUAACAGUGCCGACGAAAAAUUUGAUGGUACUUAUCAAACCAAUGUGGUAGUGAGGCACAAUGGUACAUGCCUGUACGUGCCACCUGGUAUUUUCAAAAGUACGUGUAAGAUCGACAUCACAUGGUUCCCAUUUGAUGACCAAAAUUGCCUUAUGAAGUUUGGUAGUUGGACAUACAACGGUUUUCAGAUUGAUUUAGUGCUCAAAUCAGAUGGUGGCGAUCUAUCGGACUUUACAACGAACGGUGAAUGGUAUUUGCUAGGUAUGCCUGGAAAAAAGAACGUGAUAAACUACGCCUGUUGCCCAGAACCGUACGUGGACAUCACGUUUACCAUAAAGAUUAGACGAAGGACGUUGUAUUAUUUCUUCAACCUGAUCGUGCCGUGCGUGCUCAUCUCGUCGAUGGCUCUCCUGGGCUUUACGCUGCCACCGGACUGCGGCGAAAAGCUCACACUAGAAAUAACUAUACUACUGUCACUAACAGUAUUUCUGAAUCUGGUCGCCGAGUCAAUGCCAACCACGUCCGAAGCGGUUCCCCUUAUAGGAGUGACCAUCUUGCUAUCACUGACAGUGUUCCUGAAUUUGGUGGCGGAAACGCUUCCACAAGUCUCCGACGCGAUACCCUUGCUAGGUACAUACUUCAAUUGCAUCAUGUUUAUGGUGGCGUCGUCGGUAGUUCUCACAUUGGUGGUGCUCAACUAUCAUCACCGAACAGCUGACAUACAUACAAUGGGACCAUGGGUUAAGUGCUUUUUCUUGCUAUGGUUGCCGUGGAUCUUGUGUAUGCAAAGGCCAGGCAAAGACAUAUCGUUCAAAGCCAUCAGAAGUAGAUAUACAGAUCGGAGAGGCAUCGAACUCCGGGAGCGAUCAUCAAGAAGUUUAUUAGCCAACGUUCUUGAUAUCGACGAUGAUUUUCGAGCGAGCGUCCUGUCACACCGCGUGUACAACAACGGGGCUGCCAGUUCGUCGUCGCCGGCGUCCGAGUCGAGAAGCGUCUGCAACUACUCUGCCAGAGAAUUGCAACUCAUAUUGCAAGAGGUGCGGUACAUCACUGACCACAUGCGAAAGCAACAGGACGACCAAGAAGUGAUCAACGACUGGAAAUACGCAGCGAUGGUUGUGGACAGGUUCUGUUUGAUAGUGUUCACUUUUUUCACAUUAGUCGCCACUGUUGCCGUAAUGUAUUCAGCGCCUCACAUAAUUGUUGAGUGA